CUCACCACAAAAUUAUCAACGCAGCAUAUGCUUAUUUCAGGAAAUCCAACAAUGUCGUACGAGGACGACCAGCUAACCAAGAAACUCAGGAGGAUGGAGCAUUUGAUGUACGAGAUAAACUAUGGCAACUACGAAUUGCGGGAAUGGGGCCAGAAAUAUUACGACAGCAAGUUGGCACAAAGCAAGCACCUCAACCACCACGGAAUCAAUGCGUAUUUGAAGAGAAAUCUAAACAAGACCGGUGAACUGCAGCAGGAGGUCAGCCACGCUAAUAGGAUGCUCUUGGAAAAGAAGCACAUGGUUGAUGGCAUGAUCUGCGAGCUGGACAGGCUGGUUGCAUCGGACCCGCAUAAUAUUCGAGGCACGCAUGAGGACGUAUGGUCGAGGGAUGCGAGAAAUAGGGCGACUAAGUCUAUUGAACUGUUGAUGAAGCUCCGGGUCUUGAAGAGGAACUGAGCUGUGAUGUGUACCUCUACGCCAGGUGUAGCGUCGUGUAUGUCUGGGUAUGGUGGGCAGAACACCGGUGAUUCGGACAUUUUAUCCCUCAAGUGGGCUUUCCCUACGCUAGUCACUGAAGCAUAGGUAAACUACAAUGGUAGGAAGCGAAUUCCUUCUACUUAUAUGCCAAGCAGUGGAUAAUGUAACUUUCGCCUAGCACACAAUAAAAC